AUGUCUCGCGUAACGCGUCGAACUGGGCGUCGUAUCAAAGCCAAACGGCUGCAGCACAACGGGAUUCAUCCGUCCUCUUCUGAUACCCCCAUGGCGAACCGAGAAGCUUUGUUUUUGGAAAAGUUGCGAUUUUGCUGUCGUAUUUUUGACUUUUCCGUCUCACAAAAGCAACUUAAGUUACUAGAGCUAAAGCGCCUCACCUUAAUAGAGCUGGCAGACUAUCUAUCUUCGCAAGACUUCACUUUGACAGAACCAAUGUACAAUGAAAUUAUACGGAUGUUCACGGUUAAUGCUAUUCGAUAUCUUCCUCCGUUAGCAGUUACCAAAUUCGGUCCAGAAGACAAUGAUCCUGAAAUGGCAGAAGAUGAGGAGUACUCUAACCCUUCAUGGCCCUAUUUACAGGCACGUAUUUGA